CACACACACACGCUCACACACUCCCGCCCGUGCGUUCGCUUAUUUCACUUUUCACACACACGCUGAAUGGACACAUUCAGAACUCAUGCGGACUUUGGGAAAAGGUUUGGAGAAUUUCACUUCUGUUUGCCUGGAUUUAGAACGGUAUCUCAGCAGAUAAAUCUCAGGACUUUCCAGAGCACGUAGAGCUACAAGAUGAACACACCACCUUCCUUCUUAAUAAACAUUUCCAGUCCUUCGCCGGUGUCACCUGAUUUGAUGGACAGCAAUAAAAGCUGCCGCUUUGAAGAAGACUUUAAGUACAUCCUGUUGCCAGUAUCAUACACAAUAGUGUGUGUGCUAGGCUUAUUGCUCAACUCCGUGGCCAUGUGGAUGUUCCUGACUAAGAUGCGUCCCUGGAACACUAGUACGGUGUACAUGUUCCAUUUGGCACUGUCUGAUAUGCUGUAUGUGCUGUCUCUUCCCACGCUGAUCUACUACUACGCCAACCGCAGCCACUGGCCCUUUGGUGAAGGCCUGUGCAAAGCCGUACGCUUCUUGUUCUAUGCCAACCUGUACUGCAGCAUCCUCUUUCUCACAUGUAUAAGUGUGCACCGUUACAUGGGCGUCUGCCACCCAAUUCGUUCGCUCACACUGUCCAAACCGCGCAAUGCUCAUAUGGUUUGUGGUCUGGUGUGGGCAGCUGUGAUCACGUGCUUGAUUCCAAACAUAAUAUUUGUCACCAUUUCACAGCGGGAUAAUGACACGUUGUGUCAUGACACAAGUAAACCUUCUGAUUUUGAAAAUUAUGUCACCUACAGCUCGGUCGUGAUGACACUGCUCUUCGGCGUGCCCUUUGUUAUCAUCAUGGUGUGUUAUUGCCUAAUGGCAAGGGCUCUGUGUCAGCCAAAACAGCUUUUUGCCAAUCAGAGAGUUAAGUCAAGGAGAAAGUCUAUUAAACUCAUCAUUAUAGUGCUGGUUGUGUUUGCUGUUAGCUUUGUCCCUUUCCACAUCACACGCACACUCUACUAUACCUACCGUGUCCUGGAGGCUGACUGCUGGAUCCUCAACAUCGUCAACUUCACAUACAAAGUCACACGGCCACUGGCCAGCUCCAACAGCUGCCUGGACCCAAUCCUCUACUUCCUGGCGGGGGAUCACUACCGCUCCAGACUUCUUAGAGCUUUUGCUAAUAAGCGAGUAAAUGACAAAUUUCAGACUCAACAAGGUAAAAAUAAUGAGCUCGCUUUGGCUAAAAAAAGCCCUGCUGUGCAAGAAAGUAGUGAUAGUCUCCACUAAAGCCAUAUGUGUGUAUGUCAUCUUAACGCAAUGCAGUUUCCUCCCAAGGCAACGUAUUUUCGAAACGCUUUCUGAGUUACAGCCUGGGUGAAAGAUGGUUGUGUUUCCAUCUGCGAAAUAACAUUGGUAUAACACAGCCUAUAUGGAGGCAGAUGUAAAGACUCCACAUGUUCAGACAGUGCUCACCAGAUGUAAACAUUAACAUAAUGUUGCCAUUUAAAGUAAUAUGCAUUUGGAAUUCACUCCAUAUCUACAUUUCUUCCAGCUAAUGACGGUUGUUAUUUGAGUUCAGGGAUAUUCUUUCAGCCUCUCAGUUAUCUUUCCAGUUUUCUUCUCUGCUUCAUUUGAUUGUCAUUGUUCAAAAAACAGUUAGAAAAUAAUAGAGACUGCAAUACAAUACUACAAUUAAGUGUACAGGAUGAAUUGUAGCUUCCUAGUCUUACAUGAGAGGAAUGUGGACACAUACAACACUCUAGAGUGGACUAUUGCAUUCUUAAGGACAUUAAGGGUUUAAGUUUCCUGGCAACUUUGUCAUGCAGAUGUCCUGCAGUACAGGAGGUAGUGUGUGUGUGUGUGUGUGUGUGUGUGUGUGUGUGUGUGUGUGUGUGUGUGUGUGUCUGUGUGUCUGUGUGUCUGUAUCUGUGUCUGUGUCUGUGUGAGAAAGAGAGGCCCAAAUCCCCUAUGUAGUUAUUGUAUUAUGUGAAAUGGUGCGAACAUUUCCUCAGUCUUGAUACUUUUUUAACUAGGUCAGUUAAAGCUAGGUGAAGUAGAGGUUUUUCCAGAUGAAGCUCUAAGCGACUUCCUACUUGGGCCACCUGGUGGUUCAGAGGCUCUAAGCAACUGCUUGUACCCCAUUUAGUGCUAGCAAAAACCAGGAUAUAACAUAUGUACAAUGUAUGUGUGCAUGCUCAGUUAAAACAAACAAAACACACAGAAAUUUUCAUUGUUCAUUUUGCUACCGUGAUGCAGUCAAGGGCACAAUUUUCUUAUCUUUCUUAUGUUUGUUUCUAGAACAGUAUUUUCUGGAAAUAUACUGGAAUGCAUUUCUUUCUGGAAAUACAGUCAUGUUGGGUUAAAAGCAUUUACUUAACUGUACUUUACAAACCACCAUGUUCAUUAUCAUACUCAAGGUACAAAAUGUGUUUCUUUGAUGGCGUUUACAAUAGUAUUAUUGCUGUAAUAAUGCACUUUUUUAUAAAGUGGUCUCUCUUUUUUAAUAUUAGAAUUGUUUUCUGUGAAAUAAAAAAUUGGAAUAGGAAA